UCAAACCUUUAAAACCUACACUAAGUUUCUACUUGAUAAAUGCAAGUCAUGUGUGACUAACCUUUAUUCACAAAAGCCCAGCAAAACAAAAAACCACCCAUCUCCUCUUCUCCCUUCCCAUGGCUCCCGACCAAAACAAUGCCGCCUCACCCAACGACCGCGAGAAGCAGAAGAAUCUGGACCAGGAGGUGAGAGAGAUGAUCUCCACCCUAACCACCCGCUUAGGCAGCAUCCAACGCUCCCAGAAAUCGGGGAGCUCGAGCUCCCACAAUCAAGACGACGAGGAGCAAGGGGUGAGGAUGAUCACAUUGGCGGGGAGUAACCUCGGCGCCACCAUGCGCGGCGACGUCGAAGGCAAAGGCGCCGGCCCACAAGGCCUGUCCCUGCCGGAGCAGGAAGACUCCGCCUCUUACGUCGUCAACAGCAACUUCCAAGCCAUCAACAACUCCAUCAUGCUCGGCGGCAGCUACAAGACCAACGAUCCGGGCGUUCAUUUGGACAUCACCGACCACAACGACGCCGGCGAAAAGAAGCUCAGGAGGAGCAGGAGAGGGAGCCACGGCGGCCACCACCACGCCAAACGUUCCGACAACCUUAGCGACACGGACAGUGAGAAGAACUGAGAACGAUCGAUACAUACAUAAAUAUACGCAGCGGCUUCCAAAUAAAUGUUUCUGGUUUUCUAUUCCUUUUCAAAUGUCAUCAGUCGUUUCUCAAUUUGAUAAUAACUAUUUGCAGUGAGUUCCUUGCUCGUAUACUAUUGAUUAUCGUUCUCGAUUGCUUUACUUUAAAAACCAUAUAUAUUGGAGCAAAAAAUUGAUUUUGAUGAGGGUGUUUAGCUAAGUUUAUAAGUUUUUUGUAAGUUAUUAAAGAAAUAGUCGUGUAAUACGAAAUUCUAUAAAUUUUAUGAAAAUCAUGUAACAGUGUAAUAGUUCAAAUAAUCAUGUGAAAUAAUCGUGUGAAAUAAGUUGUUAAAGGAGAAAUGGGAAUGAGAUUCAGUGUACCACAUUUUAUGUCUCA